AAUCUACACAAAACUUAGCGUAAACGAUUUAUCACGACUGUUUCAACCAAAAUAGUUCGAAAGUACACCUAAAUCGUCCACCGUCAGUUAAACAUUUGUUGAAUAAUUGGAAAUAAAUAAGUUUCUGGAAUUUUGUAACAUGGAAAUGGUCUCGUACAAACCUAGUGGAGAAAUGCAUAUGGUUGAAAACGAUCCAAGGAUCUCAAAUCCAUCUUCCACACCUCCUAAAAGUUAUCAGGUAGAUGUGAAGACUUUGGAAGACAGCUUUGUCUUCUCCACGGCCACUAUUCGUCAAGGAUUCGUCCGAAAAGUGUUUUCCAUUCUCCUACUCCAAAUCGUGACGACUUUUGGGGUGGUUACGCUAGUGACGUUUUCAGACAGUGUCAGAGAUGCGCUACGUAAUUUGACAUUCAUUUACGUAUCAAUCCCGUCGGUGAUUUUGGACCUUUGCUUGAUCAUCUUCAUCCUGGUGAAGCCAGAGCGGAUGAAAACCACUCCGAUAAAUUAUAUCGGAUUACUGGUCGUGACCAUGGCAACUACGUUUCCGAUAGGGGUGGGAACGUCUUAUGUGGAGAUAAAAUACGCCGUACUCUUCCCGACCGGACUCAUCGUGACUAGCACGUUGUCAGUGCUCCUAUUUUGUCUACAAUCUCGGAAAGAAUUGUCCUGCUUGUCUGGUUUCCUGAUCUCCACGCUAUCCCUCGUACUAACUGCGGUCCUUCUUUUCUUCGCUUUUCGUGUAGAAAAUGUAGAAAAGGAGAGAGAAAUGGGUACCAUCCUAGGUGUUGCGGUCGUAAUGACGAUACUUUUGGAAAUGUUGUGGAUCGGUCUAAUUCGUGGAAUUAUAUUUGGGGAUAAAAAUAGAUAUGGGACACGAUGUUCCGAAGAAGAUUACAUUUUGGCUGCAGUGCUGCUUUAUGUGGUGGUAAUUUUAAUCUUUUUGGUUAUCCUGCUCAUAAUCCUGCUCAUUGUGGGGUCAGGAAAAGGUGGUUCGAAUACUUGUGCUGGUUGUGGGAGUUGUGGAUGUCAUGGGGGUUGCGGGUUGUGGACUUGCCCGAUGUUUGGGAGAACGAGAGCGUGUAAUGAACAACGACGGGAGGGUUGCGUGCCGGGUGAGAAUGGAGGUGUUUCAUAAAUAAAAUUUGGUUAUUUAUUGUACUAGUCUUUAGAGCCCGGCUAGUGGGGGCUGUCGAAUAAACAAAAUAAUAAGAAUGCGAGUCCCUUUCAUCAAAAAAUCAACAAUAUUUUUGAUAAAAACUCAUAAGCUACGGUUGUAUUUAAGGACACAAUUAAUUUCGGUAACUUCAUGUGUUAUUUAGUAUAUUCGUAUUAUGACUGGCGACACCCCUCGUGAUGGGUGUGGUUUGAAAAUCUCACUAUUCUGUGUGGAUUACACUUACAAUGCAUUUCAAUUUGCCGAGGAAACAAGUAGAACGGCUAU